CAAAGCAAGUCACCGCCAUUCCCUUAUCUCCUUUCUUGGUUCGAGAAUGGCGUUUGUGGCACUCUUCGUAUCGGCGACGAAGAUCGCGGCAGUCCUGGUAACACUAACUGUUGCAGCCAAUGCGUUCUCUUUCUCUCGUUACCGGAGAAGGAAUUUGCGUCCAUUCCGGUCACCCAUCGAUGAGUCAUCCGACAUACUCGCAGAUUUUAAUGUCGACGCGGAAGGGGAGAACCAGUUUUUCUUUGGAUUGGCAACAGCUCCUGCACAUGUUGAAGACAGGCUUAAUGAUGCCUGGCUUCAGUUUGCAGAAGAAAAUCCUUGUGAGAAACCAGAAUCACAGCACGGCAUGACUUCAGCAGAUGCAAUAAUGGGUUCAGCUACCGCUGAUGGUGGGUCUCAACUAGUCUCCCUUCCUGGCAAAGAAGCAAAUAAGAAAAGAAAGAAGCCUCUUAGGAUAGCUAUGGAAGCUAUGAUAAGAGGGUUUGAGAAGUUCAUGGAUGAAGAAGAAGUAGAAACCACACAGAAAGAAGAAUGCCAUCAUAAUGUAGCUGCAUGGCACAAUGUUCCUCAUCCGGAGGAGAGACUAAGAUUUUGGUCUGAUCCUGAUACGGAAUUGAAAUUGGCUAAAGAAACUGGUGUCAAGGUGUUUCGAAUGGGAAUUGAUUGGUCACGGGUCAUGCCAAAGGAACCACUUAAUGGACUUAAAGAAGCUGUUAAUUAUGCUGCAUUGGCAAGAUAUAAGUGGAUCCUGGAGAGAGUCCAUUCAUAUGGGAUGAAGGUGAUGCUGACCCUGUUUCAUCACUCAUUGCCACCAUGGGCCAUUGAGUAUGGCGGAUGGAAGCUUGAGAAGACUGUUGAUUAUUUCAUUGAUUUCACCAGGCUUGUUGUAGACAGUGUUGCAGAUAUGGUAGAUUUUUGGGUAACAUUUAAUGAGCCUCAUGUCUUUUGCAUGCUUACUUAUUGUGCGGGUGCUUGGCCUGGUGGUCAUCCUGAUAUGCUGGAGGCAGCCACUUCUGCUUUACCAAUGGGUGCUUUCAAACAGGCCAUGCAUUGGAUGGCUAUUGCUCACGCAAAGGCCUAUGACUACAUUCAUGGACAAAGCAGUGCCGUAUCAAAACCGAUGGUUGGGUUUGCACACCAUGUGUCAUUCAUGCGGCCAUAUGGUCUCUUUGAUGUUGCAGCCGUUGCAGUUGCAAAUUCUCUUAGCCUGUUCUCUUAUGUGGAUAGUAUCUCUGACAAACUGGAUUUUAUAGGCAUAAACUACUAUGGACAGGAAGUGGUCUCUGGUGCUGGAUUGAAGCUAGUGGAGACUGAUGAAUAUAGUGAAUCUGGGCGUGGGGUUUAUCCUGAUGGCCUCUUUCGAGUUCUAAUUCAGUUCCAUGAAAGGUACAAAUACCGCAACUUACCUUUCAUUAUCACGGAGAAUGGGGUUUCUGAUGAGACAGAUUUGAUCCGCCGGCCAUAUAUGUUGGAGCAUCUACUUGCGAUUUAUGCAGCAAUGAACAUGGGUGUUCCUGUGAUUGGUUACUUAUUUUGGACAAUUUCUGAUAACUGGGAGUGGGCUGAUGGAUAUGGUCCCAAGUUUGGACUUGUCGCGGUUGACCGUGCCAAUGAUCUUGCCAGAAAUCCACGUCCUUCUUACCAUCUUUUUUCAAAGGUGGUUAAAACUGGUAAAAUUACAUUUGAAGACCGGGCACAUGCAUGGAGUGAGCUCCAAAGAGCUGCUAGGGAGAGAAAAACACGACCAUUCUAUCGUGCAGUCGAUAAAAAUGGUUUAAUGUAUGCAGGAGGCCUUGAUGAGCCUACACGGCGACCCUACAUAGAACGAGAUUGGCGGUUCGGACACUAUGAUAUGGAGGGCCUCCAGGAUCCAUUAAGCCGACUGUCAAGAUGGAUUCUUCAGCCUUUCUCUCUCAACAGGGAAAGAAAGUAUAAAAAUGAAGAUUCUGAGUUGCUUCUUGAGCCUCUUGAACUUAGCAUGUGACUGCUAAUCCAUCUCUGUUCUUGCACUAAGUUCUGCUGAGGUCGGGCAGCAUCAGAAUCUUUUGUGAGAUGAUGAGAAUUGCCAUAUAGAACCUAUGGUCGGAUCAAUGGAAGCUGGAUGUGGUGGGCCGUAUUUUGAUUACUUGAAGUCUAGAAUGUACCAUUUUCUAUUUCCUUUCCGUUUCAUAUUUUCCUUGUGGACAAGAUGCGACACUGUGCAUGGUCUAAUAUCCACGGUAACAUGGCCAAAUAAUGCUUCCACAAGUUUUCUUCUACUGUAUUUUCUUUAAAAUGCUGCAGUGAUCCCUUGCCUGGAUUUGUAAAGGCUGUCUUCCACAACUUAUAAAAAACAUAGAGAUAGAUGGAUGAUCUCAAUGACUUGGACACGCAAGGAUUUAGGUGGUGCAGACUUGUUUGGAGCAUCUAAGAAGUUUGCUUUCAGUGGAGCUCGAUCUGAACUUUUGUAAUCCAUUUAGUACUACUAAAAAAUUGUAUUUUUUUAAUGAAGCAUGUUCAUAUGAUAGAUGUAUAUAUCACUUGAAUCGAAGUGUGCUACACUAUGAUCAUUUGGGUCAAAUACGCAGUGUGCUAAUAAUACUUUGUGCCAAUAAUACUCUC